AUGGAGUAUGACACAUCUACGAUCCAGGCCGAUCCGGUUCGGUCUGCUGCUGGGGUCGAUGAGAGCGACAAUAGAGGCCGUACUCGCAUCGCAUCUCAUCCCGUCGACGUCUCUGUCCUCAAGGCGCCAAUGACCUUUGCCUUCUCCGGCCGGACGGUGAAGAAUCGACUGCUGAAGGCGCCGAUGACUGAAAGGCUUUGCCGAUGGAAUAAAGAAGGCGAGGAUAUAUCUGUACGAGGUUUCCCAACACCAGAGUAUUUAAAUCUCUAUAGACGAUGGGGUGAAGGCAACAUUGGCAUCAUUGUCAGUGGUAACACCAUGGUCCGAUAUGAUGCUGUUGAAGCUUUCGGAAACCCAAUUAUUGUGGACGAUCACGACGGCCGUAUUGCCAAGUACCGCGAGGUUACAGAUGCUGCAAAGGCUUACGGUUCACUUAUCGUUGCACAACUUUCCCAUCCUGGCAGGCAAGGAGGAAAGUAUCUGAAUCCAAAUCCCGUCAGUGCGAGUGAUGUGCACUUAGCAAUUAAAUGGGCCGGGAACGAGUUCAACCGACCCAAACCACUUUCGAUUCUGGAGAUCAAGGAGAUGGUGAAGAGUUGGGGCGAGACUGCAUAUCUCUGCUGGAAGGCAGGCUUUGACGGAGUACAAGUGCACUGUGCACAUGGGUACCUUCUAGCACAGUUCCUGAGCCUCACGACGAAUAAGCGCACCGACGAGUACGGAGGUGACUUGAACAACAGAUCGAGAAUCGUCUUCGAGAUUAUCGAGGAAAUUCGGCGUCGCGUGACUGAUCCAAAUUUCAUCAUCUGCGUGAAACUCAACUCCGUUGAAUUUCAGGACAAAGGGACUACCCCCGAAGACGCGAGAGACUUGUGUCUCAAGCUGGAAGAGGCGAGAGUCGACUUCGUGGAUCUGUCUGGGGGCACGUUCGAGGGAAGGGCUUUCGAGCACAAGAAGCAGAGCACAAUUGCCAGAGAAGCUUACUUCAUCGAAUUUGCGGAGAUGAUCCGGCCACUCCUUAAGAAAACCAAGGUCUACGUCACUGGAGGUUUGAGAACAGCCAGCGGCAUGGUCAAGGCCAUCAGUGCCGGUGCAACUGAUGGUAUUGGCAUCGGGAGACCCCUAGCAGCGGAACCAUUCCUCGUCAAAGAGCUUUUAGCAGGGAGAGUUACGGGUGCAAUCGAGAAUUUCGUGCCAUUGCCAAUGAACACGCAAGCGAGUGGGACGCAGCUGCACCAGAUCGGGCAGGGCCACGACUUGAUCAGCGACUGGAGCGUAGAGAGCGAGGUCAAGAGAUGGGUGGAGGCGAACGAGAAAGAAACCGAGAGGAAAUUGAGCAUCCUUCCUAAGGUCGACAGCAGUGGUUACCCUCCUUUGAAGGCAGAAGCAGGCUUUGCGUACCUACAGGCUUGA